UAAUCAGCGCAUGACCCAGGUCUGCAGCCGGACUCUACUGGAAACUCGGACUCAGUCUGCGAAGCUGCCACAUAACAAGACGGAACAGAACUGAGCCCGUGCACGAAGGAAGAGGUGCAGGUUUAAAGGCUGUGCCCGAUAGUUAAACGACCAGUAUUCUUUCCUGUCUGCUGUCCUUCAUUUACCUGAUCUGUACACCACAGCCUCACUCUAUACACCGGCAGAGCGGGCUAGCAGGUAAAUCCAUACGGCUGCAGGUCAGACAAACCCGAAUGUUUCAUUCGACUACUCAGACGCACAACCUCAGCAAAGUACACACCCGCAGCCCACGACCAUCGACAUCUCUUCACCGGAGUUAGAGGAUGUUUUCAGAUCAGGUCCAUUAUACACACGUUUCUUUGAGUAAAAAACUGUUUCAAGGAGUAUGAGCUCUCUGACUUGCUCUCUGGUGAUUGGACUUGGUCUCAGAAGGGAAAUUUGGUAACUCAAACCAAACACCGUAAGAGUCAGAGCUUGCUACUGGAUUUUUUGCAUUGCUGUGCUUAAAGAAUGGUUCUAUAGAGGAUUAACCUUUCAUCUUUAAUAAUAAAACAACAUCAGAAAACAAUGAGACGUGUUCAGUUUGAUGAGCCUCCAUGUGCUCGUAUGAGUGAGGAUAUCCUUAAUGAACGCACCAACUCACUCAGAUCUUUGCUGAAAGAAAGACUGAAAAAGAACUACCAAGAUCUUGACACCACUUACUGUGUUCCAAUGAAACUGCAUUUAUUCAAGGGAGUGAAUGAAGAAAUCAAAACUGAACAAGUCAUUAAGGAGCUGAAAUGCCCCAUUAAUGAUUUCCUGAAAGCUGAGAAUGUAAUCGAGUAUGUUGACCUCUUCAAACCGUGUCCCAUCACCAAUAAAGAUGUCAGAACCGUUUUGAUGAAAGGGAUACCUGGAACUGGCAAAACAACUGCUGUGAAGAAGUUCGUGUUGGACUGGACUGAGGGCAGAACACAUCAGGACAUCACUUUUGUUUUGCCUUUUAAUCUCACAGAGCUGAGCUUGAUGAAGACAGAGAAAUGCAGCCUAGUGCAGCUUUUAGGACUGUUCUUUCCAGAGCUGACAGACGUUGAUGCUCUCCAACAUGCCAAAGUUCUCUUUGUGCUUGAUGACCUGAGCAAAUGUAAACUCAGACUGAAGUUCUGGCACCUAAAAUCUUGUAGUGAUCCAAAAAAGGAGUUGUCGCUGAGUGCGCUGCUCGUAAACCUUCUGAGAGGGGAUUUGUUCCCGAAAGCCCAGAUCUGGGUAACAUCAAGUUCACAGGGAGCUGAUUUAAUCCCUUCUAAAUUUCUGCAGCGAGUUGUUGAGAUUCAGGGUCUGGAUGAUGUAGAUUGGGAAGAAUAUAUCAGAAGACUUGUUCGUGACUGUAGUGUGGCUACAAGAGCAAUCAACCAUGUAAAGUCAUCAAAUAAUCUUUAUUUCAUGCGUUCACUGCCAGUAUUUUGUCAUAUUGCUGCCACUGUUUUGGAAGAACUGAUGACAAACGCAUGUAACAUGGAGCUGCCACUGACUUUAACAGAAAUGUACACACAUUACCUGCUCAUUCAGAUGAGAGGAAAAGCUUUCCAUUUAAAGGCUGAGGCAAAGCGGAUGAAGACAGAUGCUGAGGAGAUCCUGAAGUUAGGUAAACUAGCGUGGCACACCCUUGAGAAAGGCUCUUUAAGUGUGUUUGAGGAGGAGCUUAGACAGAAUAAUAUAGCCCCCUCAGCUGCAGCUGAACUCUCUCAGAGAUGGACCACCUUUUUUAAAGAGGAAGAACUAAUUGAAGGGAAGGUAUAUCACUUUGCACAUCAGAGCAUUCAGUCGUACCUUUCUGCACUGUAUGUGGUUGUGAAUUAUGAGCCCAGCAAGGGUAAUGUGCUCAGCUAUACUUUGGUGGAAAGAGUGCAACACCUGUUUAAACCAGUGGAGGCAACUGAUAUGUACAGAAGAGCCGUGGAUAAGACUUUGAGAAGCAAAGAAGGCCAGUUUGAUUUCUUCCUCAUCUUCCUCCUUGGAAUAUCUGCAGGUCCCAGCUAUGAGUACUUGUCAUGUUUUCUUCCUGAUUCCUGUCAAAGAGGAAGCUCAGAGAACAUUGUCCCUUACAUAUUCAAGAACAUUGAGAACACAUCAUCACUAAAUCUCGUCCGCUGUCUCGAUGAACUGAAUGUGUCUUACACUGGGUGUCAGGGAAAUGUAGAAGAGGACCUCACACCCUCUGAGUGGUCUGCUAUGGCAAAAACCUUGCUGAACUCUGAGGAUCAGGAGAGAAUUUUUGACUCCAGGGAAUAUCUCAACCCGGAAGUGGCCUUUGGGAGACUGUUGCCAGUUAUCAAGGCCUCUAAAGUUCUCAGAGUCGAUGUAUGUGGAAAACUGUGCUGGAUGUUGCUUGCUUCUGCUCUGAGAUCACCAUCAAACAGCAUCAGAGAAAUUGACACAAAGGAUGUAGUAAUGAAAAUACAAAGCUUUUCUUUGUUAUCCGAAGGUUUGAAAAGUCCCAACUGCAAAGUGGAGAUCCUCAGAACAACAUACUCCCUUCGGCUUGAGGAGAAAGACCCUGAUCCUCUGAUUUCAGCUCUUUUAUCUAACCCAUCACACCUAAGAGAGCUGAACUUGAGCGAUUCGUAUGCUGUAACUGACAAGACAGUGGAAGGCCUAACAAAAAUAUUAGUGGACCCCACAUGUCAUCUGGAAAAGCUUGUUUUGGCGUCUUGUUCUGUAAAAAAGAAUUGGUUUACUGCGUUGGUAUCUGCUCUCUCUUCAAACCUUUCUUGCCUAAGAGAGCUGGACCUGAGUUACAGCGCACCUGGACUUGACGCUUUUCUGCAGCUUUGCUCUUUGCUGAAGGACUCUCGCUUCAAACUGGAGACCCUGAUACUGGAUGAGAUGGACCUUGGGUCUUUCGAAGCAUCUAACACCACUAGACAAAGACUUACUGAUAUCGUAAGCGAAGCCUCCAGAGCUAUGGCUUCAGCCCUCAGUUCGUCAAACCUCAGAGUGCUGAACUUCGGUAUUUACAACUUGGAAGAUUCCUCAGUGGAGCUGCUUUCAGCAGGACUGAGCCAUCCUGCAUGUAAACUCGAGAUUCUUAGAAUGACACGAUGUAAAAUCACAGACGUGGGAGCUGCUGCACUCGCAAAUGCUUUGCGUCUAAAUCCUUCCCACAUGCGGGAAUUAGACCUGAGCUACAAUCCAGUGGAAGCAACUGGCAUUGACCAGCUCAACUCUCUUGUUGAAGAUCCAGCAAUCAAACUGGAGAAAAUAAUUUUAGAGGGACUUGGAGAGCACCGAGACCUUGAAAACCUUCAGCAAUAUGAAUUCUCACUGACUCUGGAUCCCAACACAGCCUCGGUGGAUGUGGUGGUGUCCAAGGGGGACAAAGAAGCGUGGCACAACCAUAACCGACAGCAGCCUGUCCCAGAAAACCCUGAGAGGUUUAAACGUUUUUCCCUAGUCAUGUGUCGAGAAGGGCUCACUGGUCGCCACUUCUGCCAAGUGGAGUGGUUUGGAAGGUUUGCCACUAUUGGAGUGGCCUAUAAAGACAUUUGCAGGAAGGGGCGUUUUGCAGCCUGUAGCCCAGGAUACAACAAGAAGUCAUGGGCCAUUACAGUGAGCACACCCUUUCCAUUGUCAGAGGCCCUCCAUGAUGGGGUGAAAAUGCGACUUCGUGACCGUUCGCCUUGGAGAGUUGGAGUUUAUCUGGAUUGGUCUGCAGGCACUCUGUCCUUCUAUGACAUCACAAAUGAAAAGGCUGAACUUCUUCACACAUUUUAUGCCAAGUUCACAGCACCACUUCAUUUGGUCUUCAGCAUGUCUGCUGGGAUACGCCUGCUGCCAUCAAACCCUGGCCCAGUCUGCUGUCAUGAUCACGACCCCUGGGACAUGUUCAGAGGUGUUAAAGAUUGCAAGGGCUGCAAUGGCUCAAAGGCAGGCUAAACUGUCACCAUGAAGGAAGGAAACAGAGAUCCUCUUCUUUGACUGAGAUCCGUACUGUUUUUGAUGGGUCAUUGUGAGACUGUAUUGGGCCUUGGAGGUUGUUGUUUGAUUUGAGUGUGUUGUCUUACUCCAGGAGCCAGAUGCUUGGAGAAGUUACUGUUUGUGGAGACAGUUGUGGUGGAGAUAAGACCCUGCAAAAGACAUGACUGCACCAGAAUUGCCUUUUUAUUUCUUUUUAAUCUAUUUUUUUAUCAUUAUUAUUUUAUUUAUUUAUUUUUUUUUCAAUUUUAUCAUCUUUCAGUUUGAUGUCACUGUUGUGAAUCCCCCCAGCAACCAAUGAUGGCCACUUGUUUGUUAAAAUAUAAAAAACACUGCUUCAUUAU